AAUCCCCUGAGUUCCUUUCAUUAAAGCUCUGCCUUUAAAUUCAUUCCCUCUACUUUUUCGAAAACACUCGUACACUGUCUCAACCCAUUUUCCCAAACUUCAUCAAAGAUUCAAAGAAGCGAUAUAAGUAGACUUCAAUGGCUCUGAGGAAACAUGGGUUGAUUGCUUUGUUUGAUGUUGAUGGAACUCUUACAGCUCCGAGAAAGACGGCUACCCCUGAAAUGCUUGAGUUCAUGAAGGAACUGAGAGAGGUUGUUACUGUUGGAGUAGUGGGUGGAUCUGACCUUAGUAAGAUAUCUGAGCAACUUGGGCAAUCAGUCAUUAAUGACUAUGAUUAUGUGUUUUCUGAAAAUGGGCUUGUUGCUCAUAAAGAUGGGAAACUCAUUGGCACCCAGAGCUUGAAGUCAUUUCUUGGAGAAGAGAAGCUGAAGGAAUUUAUAAACUUCACGCUGCAUUAUAUUGCUGACUUGGAUAUCCCAAUAAAAAGGGGUACAUUCAUAGAAUUCCGAAGUGGGAUGCUCAAUGUAUCUCCAAUCGGACGAAACUGCAGCCAAGAAGAAAGGGAUGAAUUCGAGAAGUAUGACAAGGUUCACAAUAUUCGCCCGAAAAUGGUUUAUGUGCUUCGAGAAAAGUUUGCUCACCUGAACUUGACGUUCUCCAUCGGAGGGCAAAUAAGCUUUGAUGUUUUCCCCCAGGGCUGGGACAAAACAUACUGCUUGAGAUAUCUUGAAGAUUUUCCAGAAAUCCACUUCUUUGGGGACAAAACAUACAAGGGAGGGAAUGAUCAUGAAAUUUAUGAAUCAAACAGAACUGUGGGACACACAGUCACGAGUCCUGAUGAUACAGUGCAGCAUUGCAAAGCUCUCUUCCUAAGCAACCCUUGAACGACACCAUUUUUCUUCUUGAUGUUAUCAAUUUGUGCCGCGUAUUUUAAUAGAGCAAAUAAGUGCCAAGGCGGUGCUGGCUUAAGUACGUAGUUUUAUAUAUAGUUCAUGUCAA